AUGAUAUUUAGAUACUCUGGCUCUGUUUUCAAUUUUACACUUUCAGCAGGUACAUAUAUCUUUAAAUUAUGGGGUGCCCAGGGAGGUUAUUGGAAUAAUAAAAGAUCCGGUUUAGGUGCCUACUCAGAAGGUGUUUUUAAUGCUACAUCUGACAUUAUAUUAUAUGGGUAUGUUGGAAAACAAGGUUCAUGUUCGAGCAGUAUAGUUCUUCUCAAAAACUUUUUUGGAGGAGGAAGUAAUUGUCUUGGAUCUCUAAAACGUAGGUCAUGCUCUGGUGGUGAAUCAACAGUUAUUGCUUUUGAUAGGGAAUUUGAUAAUCCUCUAAUUGUUGCCGGUGCUGGUGCAGGCUGUGGGAAUCAUGAUGAAAAUGAAUACGCCGGCGGUUUUGGAGGUCCAUUUGCCGAAGAUGGAUAUGGAAAUGCAGCAUGGUUCACAGAAGAACAAGCUAAGAUCCUUCGCGGUAAAGGAGCAACGACAGCCCAACCAGGUCUUGGAGGAUUUUAUAGUGAUUUUGAGCGUAAGAGGCCAAAUUGCUCUGGCUGGACUGGAUCAAGAUAUCAAGGCGGUGAUGGCAAUUGCACAUCGUUGGCGUCGGCUGGAGGUGGUGGAUCUGGUUAUUACGGCGGUGGUGGUGGGGCUGAUCUAUCGGGAGGAGGUGGAGGAAGUAGCUACGCAUCUCCUCAGAUGUUUAAUGUGAUGCUUUAUGGAGGUGAUAAAUUUUUUAUGGACGAAAAUGGAAGUAUUACUCAAGGACAUGCAGGUAAUGGAGUAAUAUCUAUCGAAAAAACCAAACCUUAUACAUUUUUAAAGAAUGAAGUAGAAAUUCAGAAAUAUGAAUAUCCAAGUAUGAUAAAAAUAUAUGAUAAUCCUUAUGAUAUUGCUGUUACAAUAUUCACUACACUUCAUGUAAGUACAUCUUAG